AUGGCAACCGAGUUACGAUCCUUGCGGAAACGGGAACGUCAGCUUUUAAGGUCCUUAGAGGGUGUGCGUCAUUUUGUCCAGCAUUAUGAAGAGGCCAGAGAUGGCGGACAAGUCAGCCUGCGAAUGCAAGGACUGGAGGAGGUCCACAAGGAAUAUUUCGCAGUUCGUAGUAAGCUUGAGUUGUUGGUUGAAGACGCUGAAUUGACGAAACACGCCGAUUCGGAUCCAGAUGUGAAGCAAGAGGCAUUGGAACAUCUGGACAAUGAGAACGAUCGAGUAUUGCAGGAGUUUGAGGAUCAUUUUUAUGCGCUUAAAGCAUCGAUGCUGACAUUAUUGCCGAAUUUCUUACCACCACUACAGUUGGGAGGACAUCAAUCAUCGAUUGCUGGAGAUGAUGGUUCUGGUACGCACCAAGUAGCGACAUUUUCGAAGGUAAAGCUGCCUGAAAUCCGUCUGCCGUCAUUCAGUGGUAAAAUUUUUGAGUGGGUAACCUUCCGCGAUUCCUUUCAAAGUCUGAUUCACAGCAAUCCUCAGCUGACUGAUAUGGAUAAGUUUACAUAUCUGAGGUCGUCGUUGUCUGGUGAUGCACUGCAAGAAAUCAGUUCAGUAGGAUUGUCUGCCGCCAAUUAUAUUGUUGCGUGGGAAAUAUUGGAGAACCGCUAUGAGAACAAAAAACUCAUCGUGAAGGCUCACCGAGAUGCACUUUUUGCCAUUGAAGGGCUCAAAAGGGAGAGCUACGAUAAACUCAAUCAACUCAUUAGCGACUUUGAGAAAAAUCUCCAAAUGUUGGACAAGAUAGGUCAGAACACUUCGGAGUGGACCACCAUUCUCGCUUAUAUGGUGUGUUCCAAGCUCGAUUCUGUUACGCUACGCCAGUGGGAAACUCACCACAACUCGAAGGAGGUUCCCACGUAUGCAGCCCUUCUCAGUUUUCUCCGCAACCACUGUGAUGUUCUCCAAUCAGUCGCUCCUGCAAAAUCCCAGACCAUUGAUCAUCGUUCUUCUAAAUCAACCGUCUGUCACACUGUUGUGAAGACGUCGAACAGAUGCACAUUAUGCAGUGAAUCGUGGCAUCCUCCUUCCCAGUGUGCUAUGUUUCAACGAAUGAAGGUUUCGGAGCGCAUCGAAGCUGUUGCUAAGCACAGGUUGUGUCGUAACUGUCUGCGUCCUGGACACUAUUCAAGUUCCUGCGAGAGAGGGGUCUGUCGUCAUUGCCAACAGAAGCACCACUCCAUGCUACAUGGAGCACCCAAAUCCUCCGUUCCACACUCGCAGCCGAAACCUCCGUCUCAAGACACGCAACCGAGACAGUCACAGACUAAGCAACACAAUCCGAACCAACACAUACACACUAAUACUGCCAACUCGCAACGCACAAACAACACACAGCCAACCACAACCACACCCACCACAAGUCAAAAUUAUGUUGCACUUCCCAUCACACCAACACACAACAUACUCCUGUCAACCGCUCUCGUGACAAUCAAGGACCGUUUUGGCAGAACAACGCUCGCACGAGCCCUGCUAGAUUCGUGUUCUCAGCACUGUCUAAUGACAGCAAGUUUUGCGAAUAAGCUGCAGUUUCAUGAAUCCCCUACAUAUUUGUCAGUUCAAGGAAUCGGUUCAUCUCGAUCAGUUUCCACCAAAUUGAUCAGUGCAGAGAUCAGUCCCAGAUCCAGGAUUAUAUCAUCCUUCAUCGCAGAAAUGCAGUUCCAUGUACUACCGAAAUUGACUGUUCUUUUGCCGACGACGAGUUGCAAUCCUGCCGAGUGGGAUCUUCCAGAUUCUACUCUGAUAGCCGACCCCGGUUUCCACGAGCCUGGCCCAGUUGAUUUGAUCAUAGGGGCGGAGUAUUACAUGGACUUGCUGAAGAAUGAGCGACAGAGAGCAACACCAUCAGGACCGACUCUGCAGAAUACGGUGUUUGGGUGGAUACUUUCGGGACGCAUUCCUAACAGUUCAAGCGGCGGACCAUGCUCACUGGUUCACGUAUGCUCGACAGCGGAGGUCGAAGAGCAGCUUACUAAAUUUUGGGAUCUGGAGACUUGUCGUACCACCAGCAUUAAUUCUGUAGAAGAAUCAUCCUGCGAACAGUUCUUCGAGCAGACUACAGUGAGAGACGAGAGUGGUAGAUUUGUUGUAACACUACCAAAAAAGGAACAUGUUAUCAGUAAACUGGGAGAUUCAAAGGCAACAGCACUUAAGCGGUUCAUGGGACUCGAACGGCGAUUCGCAGCUAAUCCGAACCUGAAGACGGUAUAUUCUGAAUUCAUCCACGAAUAUCUAACUCUCGGGCAUAUGAAGGAGGUGAUCGAGGAUAUCGACGGAGGCAAGAAGUAUUAUUUACCGCAUCACGCUGUUCUGAAGCCGGACAGCACCACCACGAAACUCCGAGUAGUUUUCGACGCUUCCUGUCGUACAUCAACAGGAAUUUCAUUGAACGACGGCUUGAUGGUCGGUCCCGUUGUUCAGGAAGAUCUCCUCAGCAUCACGCUACGUUUUCGUACGCACCGAUUUGCAAUUGUUGCCGACAUCGCCAAGAUGUAUCGAAUGGUUCGAGUACAGGUAGCGGAUCAAUCCCUACAGCGAAUCUUAUGGAGAGAUUCUAUAGAAGAGCCAAUCCGUACGUUCGAGCUAACCACAGUCACGUACGGAACCGCGUCUGCACCGUAUCUGGCCACGAAAUGUCUGCGAAGUUUGGCGGAAGAAGGAGCAGAAAUGCACCCAGAAGCUGCUAAGGUGCUGAAGAAGGAUUUCUACGUGGAUGAUAUGCUCUCAGGUGUAGACGACGUGGAGGACGGAAAGAAGCUGAUACAGCAGCUGGUCGAGCUGCUGGAGUCAGCUAGGUUUUCACUACGCAAGUGGAAUUCUAACAACAGAGAGCUGCUACUAAAUGUUCCUGAACACUUAAGAGACGACCGUUCGAUUCUGGAGUUAGACUCGUCUAGCUCAACUAUCAAGACGCUAGGACUUGUCUGGGAACCCAGUACCGAUCGCUUUCGAUUCACCACCCCGGUGUGGAACUCUGCUGCUGUUAUCACCAAGCAGUUGCAAGAGUAUUGGCACGAAUAUCGGAGAAACCUCGCCGGUUUGGAUAGCCUCUCGGUCCCCCGGUGGGUUGGAAGCAUUAGCAGCAGUGCAGAGGUGGAAAUUCACGGAUUCUGUGACGCAUCCGAGCUAGCGUAUGGAGCCUGCGUGUACAUUAGAACAGUUACAGAGGCUGGGUCCGUAGCUGUGCGGCUGUUGACGUCGAAGUCGCGGGUUGCUCCGCUUGAAAACCUAAAAAAGAAGAAAAAAAGGCAGUCUAUACCCCGCUUGGAAUUAUCGUCAGCGCUUUUGCUUGCUCAUUUGUACGAAAAGGUCGUACAGAGUCUCCGCAUUUCGGCAAAAUCGUUCUUUUGGACGGACUCGAUGAUCGUUAAGUGCUGGUUAUCAACGUCGCCGUCAAGAUGGAAGCAGUUCGUCGCAAAUCGAGUUUCUGAGAUCCAGCACAUCACGAAGGACGGCACCUGGAAGCACGUCGCAGGUGUAGAAAAUCCAGCAGACAUAAUCUCCCGUGGGAUGACCCCAGCGCAGCUUCAGUACCAACAUGCUUGGUUUGACGGACCACACUGGCUGUUAUUGGAAGAAGCGUAUCGACCUGAGACCAAGGAGAUAUGGGAAGAAAACAUCGAGUCAGCAGAUUUGGAGGAAAAGACUACAACGUUGGUUCUCCAGUCAACCUCUCCCAGUGAGAUUUUCAAACUACGAUCGUCACUGUCGGAGCUAGUUCGUAUUACGGCUUACAUUCGCCGUUUCCGAUUCAACGCUCGAGCAGUCAAUCGCAACUGCAGAAAGCACAGUCCUAUCACGGCAUCAGAGCUCGAUGAGGCAUUACAAAUGCUAGUCCGGCUAGCUCAACAAGAAAGCUUUCCGCAGGAACUUGCCGAUUUGUCCAAGCAACCCCACGUGCGAGAUUCGUCGCGCAUUAUUUCACUAAAGCCGAUUCUCAAGGAAGGCAUACUGUGCGUAGGCGGCCGGUUACGACAUGCAGCUGUGUCAACGAAUCGCAAGCAUCCGUAUAUUCUUGACCCUCAUCACCCGCUGACAAAAAUCGUAGUUGUUUACUACCAUCGAAAGCUAUUCCAUGCGGGACAGCAGCUGUUGAUUUCGGCUAUGCGAGAGCAAUUCUGGCCAGUGUACACCAGAAACCUGGUACGGCAGGUAAUCCACGAGUGCGUCGCUUGUUUUCGAGUACGACCCAAGGCACAGGAUCAGAUCAUGGCAGAUCUUCCACCCGAGAGAGUAACUCCCUAUUCACCGUUUCGAAGAGUCGGAGUCGAUUACUGUGGACCAUUUUCUUUGGUCUAUCCGCAUCGACGUUGCCAGCCUGUAAAAUGUUUUGUCGCAGUUUACGUUUGCCUAGUCACCAAGGCAGUGCACUUGGAGAUAGUCGCAGAUCUCACCACACAAGCUUUCCUAGCAUCGUUGAAGCGAUUUACAUCUCGACGUGGUAGACCCGAUUUGAUUAUGUGUGACAAUGCUAAGAAUUUCGUCGGUGCAAAACGGGAGCUGGAUGAACUUCGCCGACUGUUUCACAGCCAACAGUUCCAGAACGCUGUCACAAAAGAGGCAGCAGACGACAAAAUAGAGUUCCGGUUUAUUCCAGCACGCUCACCAAACUUCGGCGGGCUGUGUGAGUCCGCGGUGAAAUCCUUCAAGACGCUUUUCAAACGUUCGAUCGGCUUGCACACUCUAGUGUAUGACGAAAUACAAACGGUUUUGGUUCAGAUCGAGGCGAUUUUGAACUCACGACCACUCACCCCAGUUAGUAACGACCCAGACGACUACGAAGCGCUAACACCGGGACAUUUCCUGGUACAGCGACCUCUGACAGCAAUUCCAGAACCCGAUCUUGAAGCGAUACCAGAAAACCGACUCUCGGCUUGGCAAAAAACACAGCGGUUCACGCAGCAGUUGUGGAAGAAAUGGUCGACACAGUACUUGUCGAAUCUUCACAACAGGACAAAGUGGACACGGCAAAGAGACAACAUACGUGUAGGCACUAUGGUUGUUCUCAAGGAAGAGAAUCUACCUCCGUUAAAAUGGCAACUAGCGCGAGUGACGGAGAUUCAGCAGGGACCAGAUCAAAACGUACGAGUCGUCAAGGUACAGACGAAGGAUGGUAGUUAUAAACGAGCGAUCUCGAAGAUUUGCGUGCUACCCAUCCGCGAUAACUUCAUUUCAUCAACCGAGGAGAACUAG